CAAAAUUUACUGGGGAAGAAAAUGUCGGAUUUGAUUUUUUUGGAUUCCAACCAAUCAAGUAGUGGUGGCUGUUCGAAAUCCAUUUUUAGCUUUUGUCGUUGAGCGGGAGCAAAACACAUGUCCAUGUUUGCAGCAUUUUUCAUUCUCAAACCUCUACUCCACAAAGAAAGCGAAUUAGGCAUCUUGAGCUUUACUUGUACCAAGAGUGCACGCUACAUGUUUAAGAAGCUUGUUGUUUCUUCCAAUCUAAUUCUGGUGCAUUUGACAGCUGCUCUUUCUUCUUCUUCUUCACCAUCACUCUUCUUACAACCAUAAUUCAGCAGAGUGCAUUUCUUUCUUCCUCGGUUUAUCAACUUAGAUGGCGGCAAUAUUGGCUUCUCACAGCUGCUAUUGCCGCAUUGAGGAAGUAUUCAGCUUUAACAUUGGAAAACCAAAUCAAAACCUUGGCUUUUCAGAUACAAUAUCGGUGUGGGGUUCUAGGGAGUUUGAGUCGCAUCAAUGUAGAUUGGUGAAAGCUAGACAAAAUUAUUCGUUUCAAGUGGUCAUGCAGCAAACAGAACCCCAUGUCAAAUUUGGCACCAAUCGUAGGCCAAUUAAAAUGGUACCUGCAAGUGAUGUUAUGAAAAGAAAAGCUCCAUCAGUAAACAAUUCAGAGAUAGUAAAUGGUUCAAGUAGGAUUAGUAAUGGAGCAAUUACAGAAAGAAAAGAACCACCGGUCAACAAUGCACUGGAUGGCUCAAAGAGGGCUGUAAAUGGAGCUUAUAAAGUUAAUGGAGCAAGCUUAGUGAAGAGAGACUCUGCUUCAGCCAUUAUUAAGAAUUUUAAAACUGAUGAGCUCCCCCCCAUUGAAGAUCUGAAGGUUUUGCCUUCAGAUGAAGGCUUCAGUUGGGCAAAUGAUAAUUACAAUUCCUGGCAAAGAACCAUUGAUGUUUGGUCAUUUGUUAUUUCCUUGCGCAUGCGUGUUCUAUUGGACAAUGCGAAGUGGGCUUAUCUGGGAGGCUUCACGGAAGACAAGCAGAAAACCAGAAGACGCCGAACUGCUUCAUGGCUACGAGAGUGUGUGCUGCAACUUGGUCCUACGUUUAUCAAACUCGGGCAGUUAUCCUCAACAAGGUCUGACCUAUUUCCAAGAGAGUUUGUGGAUGAGCUUGCCAAGUUGCAGGAUAGAGUUCCUGCCUUUCCAUCAAAAAAGGCAAAAGAAUUCAUUGAAAAGGAACUGGGAGCUCCAGUCCAUAUGUUAUUUAAGGAGUUUGAAGAAAGACCAAUUGCUGCUGCUAGUCUUGGUCAGGUGCAUCGUGCUAUCUUACAUAAUGGGGAAAAAGUUGUGGUGAAAGUUCAAAGACCUGGUCUAAAAAAGCUGUUUGACAUUGAUUUGCGUAACUUAAAGUUAAUUGCUGAGUACUUUCAGAACAGUGAAACACUUGGUGGUCCAACAAGGGACUGGAUAGGAAUUUAUGAAGAAUGUGCUAAGAUUUUGUAUGAGGAAAUUGAUUACAUAAAUGAAGGGAAGAAUGCAGAUAGGUUCCGCCGGGAUUUUAGAAAUAUAAAGUGGGUCCGAGUACCUCUGGUAUAUUGGGAUUACACCGCAACAAAGGUGUUGACGUUGGAGUAUGUCCCAGGGAUUAAGAUCAACCAGUUGGACAAGAUUGAUGCGCGAGGUUUUAGCAGAUCUCGGAUCUCGUCACGUGCUAUUGAAGCAUAUUUGAUUCAGAUCCUGAAGACAGGUUUCUUUCAUGCUGAUCCUCAUCCUGGAAAUCUUGCUAUUGAUGUUGACGAAGCUCUAAUCUACUAUGAUUUUGGUAUGAUGGGGGAUAUUAAGAGUUUUACAAUGGAGAGACUGUUGGAGCUUUUCUAUGCUGUUUAUGAGAAGGAUGCGAAAAAGGUUAUGCAGAGUCUCAUUGACCUUGGAGCACUUCAGCCAACUGGGGACAUGUCAUCGGUGAGGAGGUCUGUACAGUUUUUCUUGGAUAAUUUGUUGGAUCAAAGACCAGAUCAACAACAAACUUUAUCUGCAAUUGGAGAGGAUUUAUUUGCUAUAGCAACAGAUCAGCCAUUUCGAUUUCCUUCGACUUUUACAUUUGUGCUCAGGGCAUUUUCGACACUUGAAGGCAUUGGGUACGUACUGGAUCCAGAUUUUUCUUUUGCUAAGAUAGCUGCCCCGUAUGCACAGGAACUCUUGGAUAUGAGGCAGAAGCAAAGGACUGGGACACAACUUGUUCAGGAAAUAAGAAGACAAGCUGAUGAUGCAAGAACAUACACGAUGUCCAUGCCUUAUAGAGUUCAGCGGAUAGAAGAGUUUGUGAAUGAACUUGAGUCAGGAGAUUUGAAACUCCGAGUUAGAGUCCUGGAGUCAGAGAGAGCAGCAAGGAAAGCGAAUAUACUGCAGAUGGCAACUAUUUAUACUGUUUUAGGUGGCACCCUUCUGAACCUUGGCGUCACCUUUACUAAUCAAGGCAGUCAAAUUAUAGCGAAUGGAUCUUUUCUUGGUGCAGGUGUUUUCCUCACUUUGUUUAUGAGGUCCAUGCAAAGGGUGAAAAAAUUGGAUAAGUUUGAAAGCAUGAUUUGAGCUCUUCAAGUGACUUCUGUACUUAUCUUUACACGACUUCUUAGAGAUUUUGUUAAUCAUAAGUCUAAUACUUAGAUAUACGUAAAUAUGUUAAUAGGAUUGGCAUACUUGAUGUCCUUCUCACGCAAAGGAAGGCUGUCUAUUCAAAUGGAUUCAGUUCCAACUGUUGCCAACAGUCAUACGUCUCAAGUUGAUUACAGCUUUGUUGGUCA